AUGACGAUCGUGCAUAUGGUUAUGUUCAAGUUCCGCUCUGAAGUGACAAAAGAGCACAAGGAGACGUUCGUCCGCGAGCUCAAGAAGCUGAAGCAACUCGGCUGCGUCAAGGGCAACCGUCUGGUCGUCGGAGGCCCUUCGGUCACAGACCCGAUCGAGCGAAGCAAAGGAUUUGAAUUCGCACUCCUCAGCUUCCAUGAGUCGCUGGAGGAUUUGGAAAAGUACCAAGCAAGCAAGGAACAUCAUUGGUAUGUUGCCCAAACAGAUAGCUGA